UGAGAGGUGGUGGAUGUCAGAAUCUGAGAGAGCAGAGGAGGAGAAAAUAAAAAUAAAAGAUGCGGCCACUGGUUGGAAUAUCCUUCAGCAUCUUCUGACCGCACCUUUUUUCAAUUAACCUUUAAUAUAUUUUUUCGGUUUUAAAAAGCAUUUCUUCUCCCUCCCUCCCUCCCUCCUUCCUCAUCAAUCAUCACCAUUCUCCCUUCUCUUCAUUGCUUCGCAUCUCAACCAAACUCCUCUCUAUUUCUCCGCACAAUAACAAUAUAUUAGAGAUAGAGAAAGACAGAUUUGUAUAACAUACACCGUAAGCGUUACAAACGAACAACUAAACAUGAAUUCUCGUCGUUCGUUAACAUCCGCUACGGUGGCGACUCUGUAUUCUCUAUUGUAUAUCUGCACCACCACGAACGGUGAGCUUCCGAGAUUUAUCGAGCCGGCGAAGAGCGACGGUUCCGUUAAUUUUAUAACCAUCGGAGACUGGGGUCGCCGUGGCGACUUCAACCAGUCUAAAGUAGCUUAUCAGAUGGGAAGAGUAGGAGAAAAGAUAGGUUUAGAUUUCGUGGUAUCUACGGGAGAUAACUUCUACGACAAUGGAUUGUUUAGUGAAUACGAUCCCAACUUCAAAGAAUCUUUCUCUGAUAUCUACACUGCUCCAAGUCUCCAGAAACAGUGGUACAGUGUCUUGGGGAACCAUGAUUACAGAGGUGAUUCAGAAGCUCAGCUAAGCUCUGUUCUCAGAGAAAUCGACAGCCGUUGGAUCUGUCUCCGAUCAUUCGUCGUGGACGCAGAGUUAGUCGAGAUCUUCUUCGUCGACACCACUCCUUUCGUUAAAGAAUACUACACAGAAGAAGACGGUCACACGUACGACUGGCGCGCGGUCCCAUCUCGCAACUCUUACGUCAAGUCUCUCCUCCGUGACCUCCAGGCUUCCUUAAAGAGAUCCAAGGCCACGUGGAAGAUCGCCGUUGGUCAUCAUGCGAUGAGAAGCAUCGGUCACCAUGGAGACACUAAAGAGCUCGUCGAGGAGCUUCUUCCGAUAAUGAAAGAGAACGGUGUCGAUCUUUAUAUGAACGGACACGACCAUUGUCUCGAACAUAUCAGCGACGAAGACAGCCCUAUUCAGUUUCUAACGAGCGGUGCUGGUUCCAAGGCUUGGAGAGGAGAUCUUGACCCGACGACCAACGAUCCCAAGUCUGUGAGAUUCUAUUACGAUGGUCAAGGGUUCAUGUCUGCUAGAUUCACUCCCUCAGAUGCAGAGAUUGUCUUCUACAAUGUCUUUGGUGAGGUUUUGCACAGAUGGGUUACUUCUAAACAGCUUCUUCAUUCCUCUGUUUGAAUCCAAAUCUGG